CUAGUGCCUGGUAAUUUGAAAAUGCUCCUCCGUUUCAGCUUACAUAUUGAAUUAUGAUUUCGUAUUAAUUUACAGGCCUGCGGCUUUGUACGAUUGCAUGUAUUGAACAGCGAUGUAUUUAACGGGGGCAAAGUUACCGAGGUCAUGAACAUUACCCAAAUAUCACUUUUGUUUGAAAAAUGAUUGUAGGAUACUGUUGUUUUCAUUGAUAGAGAACAUGGCGCGACAAAUUAAAUUAAAACGUUAGCAAAGUAGUUAAAAGCGAUAUACAGGUUAAAUAACUAUGUGUUUAUUUGUGUAUUUCUUUAUAAAUGCGUGUAUCUAUUGAAGGAAGGUCUUUGAUUUGGGGGAGAAGUUUGCAGAACCGUUACAGAAGAUCAUUUUGUAGGCAUCAUUACAGAAGACAAUGCAGAAUUGAUAGAGACACGAUUCAACACAGCAAUGCUUCGAGGGAAUUAUUUUCUAUAAUAUGACACUUUUUUCAAACUUAUUUUAAAGUUGGUUCUACGGUGUAACAUGUUUAAACUUGGAGGGUCUGAGUUUUUAACGCAUAACGUUGCUUGAGGUUAAUUGUUUAAUCCGGACUGUCAAUUUUUGUGAACGUUUAACUAAAAAUAAAACACAGAUGUGCUGGUAAUUUGUGCAUAACUUCAUACAUAAUCAUACAGUAACGUUAAAACCACAGUCGAAACGUGUGCCACUGGCUUGUAUACGUUUCAGUAUUGCUAUAUACCAGCAAUUUUUAUAGUUAUCGAUUAAAUGAAUAAACUUGUUUAGCGCACGUUUUCCAUUCUAAACAACAGCCACGUCACAAAAACUACGUUUUUUUAAUUGUAAAACAUUUAACAGUCGUGCACAUGGGCAUUGAAUAUUUAACAGACUUGUGUGUAAUACAUUAUUUUCCAAAAGCUUAUAUAUUAUUCAAAUCGGUGAUAAAUGUUCUACACUUUUAUAUCGUUUUUUUCUUUGUAUUUUUGUAUUCUUUGUGGAAACGCAGUAGUAUUUAACAGCAUUAAAUAAACGAUUCGUUAAUUUUGCAAAUAAAAAUACGACGCCGUGCAGCAAUUACGCAUUUGUUGUGUUUUAAUCAUGGCGCUGGAAAACACGUAUACAGAGAAGAACAUUAAUGUGACAUAGAUUUGUUAUGAAGAUUUGGUAAAAACAAUUCUGCACAGAUAAUCUUGACACACCUUUUUGGUUUAUAAUUGAACACUGUUUUUUUGGAGCGCAUAAUAAUAAUAAUAAUAAUAAUAAUAAUAAUAAUAAUAAUAAUAAUAGUGUGAAGAAGUACAUUCCAGUUUUGUAUAUAUAAUCGUCCCUGAUUAUUGAUUAUAACUUGAAUCAUAGUAUCCGAUGCAUUCGGUUCAUCUCGAUUAUUUCUGUACAACAAUUUUACAGACUGAUUCUGUAAGCCUGUGCAUAUUUUCAUUAAAAUACGCAGCUUGCAAAAAGCCUUCUGCAUUGCCCAUGGCAUAGAGAAAUACUGUAAGCCGUGAGCAAACAGACACGUAUAGCUGGCACUAUAUGGUAUUCAAGCAUAUAUCCCGUGAUGUUAAACCGCGUUCAUCCAAACCCUGCACCAACAAGAACAGAAAACACCUGUUGCAGAUGCUGUACAUUAAUUCGGAUCAGGGUCGGUCUGUGCAUUUGUUAUUCUGAUAAGGUAAGACGGUUGAUGUUUGCCAGUAGACGGAUACUAAUUUAAAUGAACCGGCCCAUCAUUUAACACGCAGAAGGCUUUUUUUUUUUACUUUUGCAAAAGCUUAGCAAAUCUGACCCUGUUUAAAAAGAAACACACACGGAUUAUAAAUAAAUCUACACAUUUAAGCCUCAUUCAAACGUGUUAAUGUCUUGAGUUUGAAAUGCUACCCAGUUCAAAAUAGUUACAUUUUUUUGGCAACGCAUUUAAAAAGCGUAGCCAGACCUACACUAUAUCAGAGAACUUCAAAGCAGAUUUUCCAAAUUAGCUCCACAAACGGAAAGAUCAUUAGUGUGUAAUGUUCUUACGAGGCUGUACCUCUGACUAAUGCAUUUUUAAUGCGUGCAAAAAAAGGGAUUUGACCUGCUAUAUUAUUAUAUUAGACUAAAAUUCGUUUAACCUGUUAGCAACGUUAAUGCCAAGUAAGUUACUUGCUAAGCAUUUUGAUAAUGGAGUUAACCGGUCUGUUGCAUUCAUCCAAUAAUAUGUGGCGAGGACUUAAGAGAUAAAAUGCCCCUCUUUAAAACACGCUGUCCCGGCGUAUACAGAAAUACUGUGCACUGUAGAAUUACGAGGUGGUUCCUUCUCGGAACUCUUAUUUAUUGGGGUUCCAAAUAAGAAUCAUCAAUUAAUUAUGGAACCAGCUCCAUAAAAAAAAAAUACUGUUUUAUUUUAUUUAAGUAUAGUUACGUUCUCCAUUGAUAAUCAAAUUGAAAUACAAGUUUGAAGUAUGUGCCAGUGUUACAGAAACAGUUUUUUCAGCCUAUAUAACGAGCCAUUAAAAAAAACAAAAAAAACAACGGACGCUUAUCUGUAAUUACAAACAGAUUACUUACAUCAAUACGCAAUUAUUUUUUUUACAAUUUUCUGCCAAGACAUCUGUUCUGUAGUUAUUGGAAAUUAAUCUGCUUUUAUUAAUAAUACAUUCAUAUAGUCCUCUGAUUAGCCAAUGGUUGCUUUUAAUGUCUUUUACUAGGGGCUGUGUUUAAUACAAUUUAAUAAAGGGGACCUGGACCGAUCGUAGCUUGUUCGCUUCAUAUUUAUCGAAUUGCUGGUACUAAUAAUUGCUGCAUUUGUAUUAAUUAAUUUAUGAGGCAUAUAUAAAUAUAAAUGCAAACAACCAACCCCAUAUAAUAAAAUGCAUCAAAUACUAGGAUAAUAAUAAUGAAACAAUACAAAAUUAAUGCAUUAAUAAUAACCUAUUAUAAUACAACCAGGAAAACACGGUCACCAGAUUACACUCACUGCGUCUCACUCUGGACAGGCUAUACAAACCUUUAGUUUAAAUUGAAAAAGCCCAGUUUAUUUUUUUAAAGAGUUUUAAAAUGCAUUAUCGAUUUGUUUUACAGUCCGGCGAGUAUAAGAGCCUCCCUCUGCUCUGUACAGUCCGGCGAGUAUAAGAGCCUCCCUCUGCUCUGUACAGGCCGUCUAUAAGAGCCUGCCCUGGACUGGAGGGUUUUAUCAAAGAAGAAAAAAAAAAAGUUAUUCACUUCAGAGCAACCAGCACAGAGCAGAGGGAUGCACUUGUAUUCUCUGUAACAGAAGAAAAACAGAAUGACCCAAAUAGCUGUUUUAAUAUUUUCACUGCACUGGUGCAAGUUAAAACGAUUGAUAAAACUGCUUUAUACUUUACCAUGUUUUUUCUUAUCAUGAUUACAAUAUGAUUUCACUGUAUUAUUUUACUGUGGAUAAACUUGGCUGAUGUUUACAAUGCUAAACUGCUGUUAGAAUAUUCUAUAGCAAUCCCAAGUAUAGAGAACUCAGGAGAGCACCGUGCUGUACUGUGCAUGUGAAGAUGAAGCUGGUGUAAAAUACAGUGAAUAUAUUUUUCAUUCUGUUUCAGAUUCAUUGAAGAGGCAUUGAAAAAAAAAAACAGACGGGAUAAUAAAUAUUCCACAAUUGAAAAAAAAAAUAUAUAUAAAUUUAGAUAUUGCUCUUUUGAGCAAAAGCUUCUAUAUAUAUAAAUAUAAAUAUAAAUAUUUUUUUCCCGGGCUGGAAGAUUGCUUGAAUCCCAGUGUUUGAAUGCAUUUGUCAUUGGAUUCCAUGAGUAUGGUGGACGACAGCUGUCUCUCGCCCGGGAACUUUCACGAGAUGGUGAAGGCUGGAGGGGCGGUGGUGGGGGGGCGCGUCCACAGUAUUGACGUCAUCCUGGGCUUCAGCAAGGACCAGGACCCCCUCCUGAACCCUGGGGGCCCGGGGACCCACAAAUCUGGCAUGGAAAGUCUGGGCGACCCGGGGAAACCAGACCCCACCAACCCCUACGGACACCUCUCCUCCCUCAGGGACCACUCUGAUCAUGCAGCCUUCCAUGACUCUGGCCUCUUCUCCAAUAAGUGCGAGGGGGAGCUGAGCGAGCUGCGGAAGGGCAUGGAGAGUGACGGGAAGUCUCCCGAGCCGCUGGAGGAGGAGGAGCAGCCCAAGAAGAAGCACCGACGCAACCGCACCACCUUCACCACGUACCAGCUGCACGAGCUGGAGCGCGCCUUCGAGAAGUCACACUACCCCGACGUGUACAGCCGAGAGGAGCUCGCUGCCAAGGUCAGCCUGCCCGAGGUCCGCGUCCAGGUGUGGUUCCAGAAUCGCCGUGCCAAGUGGCGUCGGCAGGAGAAGAUGGACGCCAGCACCAUGAAGCUGCACGACUCGCCCAUGCUGUCCUUCAACCGCCCGCCCAUGUCCGCCAACAUGGGCCCCAUGAGCAACUCCCUGCCCCUGGACCCCUGGCUCACCUCACCCCUGUCCAGCGCCACCCCAGUGCACAGCAUCCCUGGGUUCAUGGGCCCCCCGCAGGGCAUGCAGCCGGGGUACCCCAGCCACUCCUACCUCAACCCCCCCCCAGCCAUGGCGCAGGGCAUGCAGCACAUGGCACCCCCGCCCUACCAGUGCGCGACCACCUUCGUGGACAAGUAUCCGCUGGAGGACGUGGACCAGCGCAGCUCCAGUAUCGCUGCCCUGCGGAUGAAAGCCAAGGAACACAUUCAGUCCAUGGACAAAACCUGGCUGCCCAUCUGACUGACCGGACAGAAGGAUUAAAACAGACAAAACUGUUUUAAAAUACAAAUAAUACAAAUAAUAAUAAUAACAAUACAAUUAUUAUUAUUUUUAUUAUAAAAAAAAAUCAAAUGACGUUGAAAUAAAAAUGUUAAGAAAUUUAUAAGAGAAAAAGACUUGCUAUCCCCCCUCCUCCCCCUCUGGAAUCAUCUACCAAUGUAAGAAAAGUUACACGCAAGAGACAGCCGUUCAGUCAAUCCUCCACAUUAGGGCAGCUGUGCUCUGGCAUUAGACGCCAUCUCUUUCAAACCUAAAUGCCUAAGGAAUUGUAUUUUGAUGCUGUUUGGAUGUUUGAAGCCAGCUCCCGGAGAGACGACUGUGUUAAAAAUGUUCUGAGGUUAAGGGGUUAGACUUAAAAAGCUGAAAGCGAUGUAUAUAAAGGACGUGGAUUCCUGUGAAUUAACUGGACUUCUGAAUCAAUGCAAUCAUCUGAUUUCAGCUCAGCUCUGCUAUGAAUGUACAUGCAAAUGAUAUUGUCUCAAAAAAAAAAAAAAGAAGCUGGUGGUUUGUGAACAAUCCAUUUGAUACAUGGGGGGGGGGGGGGAGUCGGGAAGGUUUUUAGUAAAGUCACCCAGAUUUACCCCUCUACACUGAGAAAUAGAUCGGUCCCCACUCCCUAAGAGCUAUAAAGAACAGGGGGGUGAGGAAAAGCACCCACCAGCAGUUUGCUCAUUGCCCUUUUAAAUUCUGAAUUUAUGCACUUGUGUUCUCAGACAUUGUUAGAUUGUAUCUUUACUCUUAAAAGGGGCUCAUUAAAAGGCUAUGAUUUGCCAUUAGGAUUAGAUCUAACAGCUAUACCUUUUGCUGUAGCGAAUGUUUAUGGCUUCUGUCUUAAGUGCAGCUAAGGGUUGGGCAAACCUACCCAAGGGUAAAUUAAACUUUGAUUUCUAUGGACAGCUGGACAAGAAUCUAGACAGGGCAGAGUGGGUAAGAUGUGAGCUGUUUGGUUAUUUUUUUAUUUCUGUGGUGUUUCAAUGUAACAGAAGGAACUCUUAACUUUGUAACUGUUAAUUAGAGGUUUACAAGAAUUGUACCUCGCACCCUUAUAUUAAAAAGAGCUUAGUUUCAUUCUACGACUAGGAAAGGAAAAUAGAUUAGUGGGAGAAGUUUGUCGGGAUAUUGUUGUUCCAGGGAUAUAGUUCAAGUGUAGACUAGAAUUAAGAGUGAUCAUCAUUCGCUCACCAUGCUCCCCAUUACUCCUGUCCGUCCACAAUAUGUUUGUUAAUAAAUCUGAACACCUGUAAAAUGUAUUCUGUAUAUAUAUUUUAACAAUAGGCACCCCUAUGGAGGUGUCACUCUGUUUUGACAUCUCAUUUUGAAUUCCUGAUGCCUCUUUUUCACUGCGGGCUCCGGGCAGUGGAAAGGGUAUAAUUCAAGAAUCCCAUUCAGAUACCCUGACCCAAGAGAUAGCUUAGAGCCAUAAGCCAGGUCAAGCCAGGUCACAGAGUGACCAGCAAAGGGUCCAAUGUGGAUCUGGACUGAUACCUUCAUCCUGAUACUGUAACACACUGUCCUGUUAAAUACAUAGUCAGCGUACAAUAUAACUGCAUGCGUUGAUUACCAGCAAGUGUCAUUAACCUGCGGUUCUUAUACAUUGGAUAGGCUGUGUCAAUCCUGUGGAAACACAGCACUACAACCAAUGCUAUCUUCCAGUCCAGGCAGCUUGCAAACUAAUUCAUCCAGACGUUAACGGCUAGUUUUCUGAUCUGGACCCCAUUGAAGCGUGCAGAUGUUUUUUUUUUCAUUCCAGUUCUAAAGAAUACUAUUCUUUCUUGCGGGGGUGUUGGUUAGUUUUAUACCAUUCCUGAUGAUAUUGUAAUACAGUGUGUGUUGGACAAAACAGUCAAUGGUAAUAUGCGAGGAAAUGACAGCCUUGACCGGGUCUAACAGCAUAGUUAAGAUACAGAGAAGAGCAUCGAACAGACUGGACCAAUGCUAAGCCAAAGGAUCAUGUGAUUAAGAAAAACAAAAAGUACAUUACAGUGGAGGUCUGGAAAGGGAGUCGUUAUUUUUCCCGAGUUUGUGUGCAGAUACGAUUGUAUUUCUGUGUUCUGUUUUUUUUUUGCUUUAUCUGCUGUAGUUCUAGAAUUGUGUUCUACUGAGAUGUUGUCUUCCACGUUCUGGAAAAGGAUGGGAACAUUCCAAAAUAAAACAAACAAACAGUCUAGUUUAA